AAUCCAGAUGCAGCUGAUAAAUUCAAAGAAAUCGCACAUGCAUAUGAUAUUCUUUCUGAUAGUGAGAAACGUGCCAAAUAUGAUCGAUUUGGUGAGGAAGGAGUUGGAGAAGGUGGUGUAUCACCUGAAGAUCUUUUCAGUAGCUUUUUCGGAGGCGGUUUCGGAUUCCCAGCAUCUCGAUCCGCACGGACUGGACCGAAAAAAGGCAAAGAUUUGAAUCAUAGCAUUAAAGUCUCUCUUGAAGAAUUAUACUCAGGCAAAACCACUAAACUAUCGCUUAAUAAGACGGUCAUUUGUCAAAAAUGUGAAGGUCUUGGUGGAAAGAAAGGAGCGGUGAAAAAAUGUGAUACAUGUAAUGGAACAGGUGUACGACUGAUUGUACGACAAUUAGGACCUAUGUUACAGCAAAUCCAACAAUAUUGUAAUGAUUGUAAUGGCGAAGGGACUGUAAUUCGUGAAAAUGACAAAUGUAAAACUUGUAAUGCUAAAAAGACAGUAAAUGAAAGAAAAGUCUUAGAAGUGCAUAUUGAUAAAGGAAUGAGAAAUGGACAAAAAAUUACGUUCGCUGGCGAAGCUGAUCAGAAGCCUGGAGAAGAACCUGGAGACGUAAUUAUUGAGCUUCAUGAGAAGCCCCAUGAUCGAUUCACUCGAAGGGGCGAUGAUUUAUUCUAUACGGCGAAAAUUGAUCUAUUGACUGCAUUAGCUGGUCAAUAUAAAGCUCUCGCUGGUUAUGGUAUGCCUUCAUACCGUCAUCAUAAUUAUGGAAAUUUAUUGAUCAAAUUCGAUAUUGAAUUCCCCGAACCACAUUGGACAUCACCAGCAAACAUCGCUAAACUUGAAGAAAUUCUUCCGAAACGUCCAACACUUGAUCUUGAUUUACAGAAUGAUAGUAUAGAAGAUUUGACAUUACAAGAUUUAUCGAUCGAUGAACAACAAAAAGCUGCACAUAUACUGGCAAACGGUGUUGAAGAUGAUGAUGACGAGGAGAGUCAUGGUCAUGGAGUUCAAUGUGCUCAGCAAUAA